AAGCAAGCUCUUUCAUUGAUUGAAAAAAUGGUUUGUUGCCUGGAACGGAAUGGAGAGCAAUAUAUGUGCCUAAAUUUUGUUAACUGUGCAUGAUAUGCAGCAUUGGCUUUCCUUGUCUAUGGUUGGAGAACGGUCUUGUGGGAACUGUCCAACUGGAAAAAGGCUGUAGCAGCUAUCUUCAGUUUUUUGGGUUACAUCUCGAAACUUGCAUUGGCACUUAUUCUCCAUUUUGUAGGCGAUCCAAUCACAUCUUUACUCAGAGUUAUCGAGACUGCACUCUACACCAUUCGAGCUUUCUAUUCAGGGGUGGUGGCAUAUGCUCCUAUUCCAGAGCUCACAAUGAUCAUCAUGCUGGCAUCGGCUGUAUUAGCUAUUGCUGAAGCCACUGUUCCAGACUCUGUAAAUGGCCAACCAUAUCUUCUUACAUUAGCUGGCGUAAUUGGGUUUGCUGCUGUCAGAGGCUACAUCUCUGAGCUCUUCUUCUGGAUGCUACUGUUGGGUUUAUUCGGUUUUGCUCGGUUCAUCAAGAAGAGAGAUUAUGUGUCUUCAGCGUUGCCUGUUGCAGCUGUCCUAGCUGCUGUUGGAGAGCCUUGGGUUAGAUUCGUAGUAAUAGCCUCGUAUUUGGCUUUGGCAAUUACUCACCACUCAAAGAAGCCUUCAGAAGGAAAAGAAGUUGAAGCCACUGCAACAAGUAGACCGGUCCCUAUUCCACUGCUGUGUGCUGCAUUGGCCAUUGGUGUCCGUGUUGCUGCUAAGUGGGCGGGUUAUCGGCAUUUGACAUGGAUGAUAGUUUGACUGACGUGGAAAAUUCCCGUUCUUUUUUUGGUUCUUCUGCUCUCUUGUUUUUUCCGUUUUGAUUUUAGUUACUUUUGGAUGAAAUUUUGUAUUUUGUUGAGGUUGAUGUAAAUGACUCUCCUAUUCCGGUUGUGUGAUAAUUUUCUCUCAUUCUAGGAGUUGGGAAAUGGGUUGAGUUUUGUUGCCAUGUCAUGCUAAUGUUGUUUCACUCCAUCCCGCUUUCGGCUUUCUGCUUUCAGCAACUCCUAAACGCAAAUCUAUAUGUUGUUGGUGAAGAGGAUGAAUGA